AUGGACCGGCGCUCAUCAUUGAAAACGGAUCACGAAACCAUGACGAUUUACCCAGCAAACACACCAGAGACGCUCAACCCUUUACUAGUCACAACAGUCUUUGGAGCGGUAGCACUUCUUAGCUGCAUGGUCCGCCUAUAUACCGUCCACGGCCGACAACAAGCCUUGCGAGAGGAAGAAUUUUUCAUGAUAACAGCUCUGAUCCUCACAUAUGUAUCCCUAGGACUACAAUGGGCCUGUGUCAUACGCGGCGGAACAGGACGGCAUGUCGCCGAGCUCAUCCUCCCAUUCGAGGCCCUGUACGGCCUCACGCUCAUGCUCGUCAAGCUUGCUGUCCUGCGCUUCUACAGCAGGAUAUUCGCCCCGAGCAAGUGGUUUACCUGGGCUGUGUGGGUCACCGCGGCGGCCGUGGUCGCGUGGAUGGCCUCGGUGGUCCUGGAGACCUUCCUCCUCUGCCGGCCUCUUGCCUACAACUGGGACGCGAGUGUCGAUGGGGUCUGUGGGAAUCGCAACGCCGUAUUUGUCAUUGCCGGCGUCACAAACAUGGUCACGGACUUCAUGGUCCUGAUUGUCCCCGUGCCUUGCAUCCUGAAGCUGCAGAUGCCCGUGGGGCAGAGGAUUGGGCUGCUGCUGGUUUUUGGCAUGGGUGUGCUCAUCAGCGCCAUUUCCAUUGUUCGACUGCGGUCCCUGAUGAUCAUCUCCUUCGACGACGCCACCUGGACACUGCCGAUGGGCCUGAUGUGGAGUGUGCUAGAGCCCGAGCUGGCCAUCAUCAACGCCAACCUUCCCCUGAUGCACCGCUUCUUCUCCAGGAUGAAAGCCAAAAUUUCAUCCUUGUCCUGGUCAAAGAGCACGGCCCAGAGCAGCAACAAGGACGAGUUCGACGCGAUCGGCGAGAACGGUAUCCUCCUGCGCACCAUCGGCGGUGGCUACAUGCAGAGGAGCAAUAUUGUCGUCGGGGUGGACGCGCCCCGGGUGAGCGAGGGCCCGAGUAUGACGGGCAUAGUGCAGCAGAGGUCCAUUCGUGUGGACUUUUCCGACAUCAAUUAUGGAGAGGUGGGCUCAGGUGGUGGUGGUGAUGGCCGUGCCCGUGUUGGUGAGGCAUAA